AGGCACCUCUUGUCCUCUUUAGAAAUUUCUCUGACUCUCUAUCUCCCUCACUCAUCCCCCAAACGACAGCUACAGAGGAGAAGAGAGAAAGUGGUGGCGGGAAGCACUGCACAUGAGAUCCGCAGGAGGGCGAAUUUACCAUUAUACCCAUCUCCCCGGCUGCUCCCGUCAUCCUCCUCAUAAAUUCCCCCCCAACCGACGUGUCCCUGUGGAGUCGACCCGCCCCCUCUCCUCCUUCGGACACGACACCUUCCUCGUCGCCUUCGAAUCCAAGCAAAUCGUAAAUAUCCCAGAAAAGAAGGAAAAGAAGGAAAUUUAAUAAUUAAAAAACGGAAAUACAAUCUGGAAAAAAGAUGAGACCUUUGCUCUGGAAACCUCCAAAGGGCUCUGCUUCCCUCCGCCGUUGAUUCGUCCACGUGGACUCUCCCAUUCUAUCUCUUUCCUUCUUCCGGCGUGCCUUUGCCCUCUGUUAUGAAGUUCGCCGGUGAUUGCUUUCUCUUCUUUCCAUGGAAUUUCCUUCUUUAUCAACAAGUGUUUGGUGAAGAAUUGGGCAGAAAGCAUGAAUUUGAUGAAGAAAGGUGACGGUGGCCGCUGCAUUUUCCCCCUCACCGGUUUGCAAAUUGGAGAUUUGCAGUCUUACCUUUCGGAUCUUAGCCUUUUCCUGGCCCUCGAGAGCAAGAAAUUCUAUAUCUUGGUGGACAAUCGGCCAUGGCUGGGCGACCUAGGUUCGCGGUCAGCGCACUUGUGGCAAUUGAUGGUUACCAAGUCAAGGUUGUCUCCUUUUGCAAACACUAAAGUACGGAAGGUGAGAACGGAAGGAAAUGAUGCUUGCUCUAGACCUAAGCCUGCAAAACCAAAGAAGCUUGCUAGGUGGUUCUCAUUAAUCAAGCAUCAGAAGAAGGUGUUGUUACCUGUAAAGAAGCUGCGGAGUUCUUUACUUUUAAGCAGGGAGUUGCAUAGGACCUUGUAUGGUUUUAUUGUAUUUGAAGUUGCAUGGAGCAAUGUCCGAGGUAUCAAUUACAUCAAUGAGCUUCAGACUGAUACAUCGCUGGCUAUAGAGGCUAAAGUCAUGCAAAGAUGGGAAUUUGACAGUAUUGCUCAAGCUGCAAGCUGCAUAUCGUCAUGGUUCUCAGGAACAGUCUCUGAGCAGCUACAGUUGAAAGAACUUCUGAAUUCUGCCAUAGGAGAAGUUUUCUAUGAUGCUGAAGAGUAUCCAGAGACAGAAACUAUGGCCGUUGUUGAUGAAAAUAUCUCCUACAACAAUCUAACGUCUGAGGAAGAUUCUCUCCACUGCUUCAGUCACAAUUUUAGUGUUCAUUCUGACACCUGUGAAAAUAGGGCCGCUGUACCACAUUCACCACCUCCACCUACUGGACCCUAUAAGAGAAGGAAAAUAACCACGUGCAGUAGUGGUGGAGUUGAAGUAGAUGCUUAUUCUGAGGAAACGCAAAGCCCUGCCAGUGACUCUGAAAAUUCCGAGAUGUACAAAUGUUACUGUGAAGAUGAAAUGCAAAAUUCUGAGACGUAUUCCUGUUACUGUGGAGAUGAAAUGCAAAACUCUGAGAUGUAUACCUGUGACUCUGAAGAUGAUAUACCGGUUACCGCGAGGGCCUAUAUCAGUGACUCUGAAGAUAGCGUUAAAGCUACUCUGUUCAGCAAAGAUGCUAUACCUGUAACUGUCAAUACCUAUACUAGUGAAUGUCUAGAUGCUGUUGGAUCUACACAGUACAGGGAUGUGCUGAUUUUGUUCAGGUUCAAUGAUCGUGACCUCCCAUUUAAACUUAGAGAAAUAAUAAUGUCUGAUCUCCGGUUACUGACUUUGCUUGAGGCUGGGCUUCCAUCUUGGGUUAUCUUCCUUCAGUCAUACCCAGGGUUUUGCCAUAUCUAUCGCCCGUGGAUGUGCCCUCUUGCAAGAGCAUUGUAUGUGCUGAUCUCAGUUGUCACUGUUCUAAUUGGAUUUUUUGACCUAUACAAAAAUGUUCCAGUUCUGAAGGUAACUGCAUCUCGUCUUUGUGGACCUCUAUUUGAUUGGAUAGAGACCUGGUCGAUGAUAUCAAGGAUUAAGUACUUGGGAACAAUGCUAUUUCUACACCACUCUCAGAAAGCUGUUCAGUGCUUUCUGGCGAUCAAGAGUACCACUCUCUCCUUUUUUUCAGUACUAGCUCAGCCAUUGGCAGAACCUCUUGUGGAGUGUUUUGGAUUCCUCCUUCCAGUAUGGAACAUGCUUGUUGAUGUGUUAGAGAACCUCUUUUCAGUCAUUUGGAUUCUGAUUGGAUCUGCACGCAGUCUAGUGGGGAACCUGGUACAGGUUUUAGUGUUUCCAAUAUUAUUUCUCCUGUCCACUGUCUGGAGCAUUGGAACUUCCAUUGUAUAUCCUAUAUUUAGGAUUCUAUGGGAAGCACUCUAUGCUCCAGUUCGCAUGGUCCUUGCACUAGCCAAUGUCAUAGCCUUUAUUGGUGCAUGUAUAUAUGAUACGCUUCGAGAUAUAUGGCAAGUUAUUAGCAGCAUAUUCUGGUUUGCUUCAGCCUCUCAGGCAACUGUGAAAACGGUUGAAGUUUCCAUAUGGCGUUCACUUUGGAAUGACCUCUUUUCUCAGGUUUUCCGUGCUGUCAGGAGUAUAUUAAAUGGUUUUGCUGCAUUCUUCAUAGCUUGUAACAGGCAUCGCCUUAGCAUUUACAAUCAUAUGCAAAAGUUUAUCCAAAGAAUCCUGGAUCGAACCCGGAGAUCAUGGCGUGAAGUUUCAAGACGUUAUAGGCCCACCGGAGAGACUCGGAAUAUGUUUGAAGUAACAAGGAAAAUCAACAUUGAAUAGUGUUUCCCACAGCUGUCGGAGGAUAACACUAUCGAGACGGUACUCUGUUUGGGAAGUGCCUGCCACGUUGUGUAUAAAACCACCUUCGACAAUGUAUGAAACGCUUUCGGCCAAACAAGAGAACGUAAAAGAUGUCGAGACGGCGACAUGAUACCAGAGAAUGUAAAAGGUGCUUCUCGUGCAUGUAGCACCCAUGUCUGAAUACACAUCAUAGGAAGAGCUCGGUUUCUUUUUUGUCCUUAAUUCUUUCCAAUCUUUGUUUCUAUUUGUGAAUUGUAGAGGGGCAAACCAUGGAGUUCAGUGUAUAUAAUAGCGAAUGAGUGUUUGCACUAAUGAAGUUCCAAAAACGCUACUGUAACAUCCCAAACCA